AUGGAAACUGAUGUUCGCUACACGUUUUUGGAUGCUUUGGAUCAUCUCCCAUCGGAGCUGAUACGAAGUCUUUGGACCAUUCAAGGCCUAGGACUCCGCGAAGAUAAAAAUCGAACUUUCGUCAAUAGAGAAGCCAUCAAAGAAGCUCAGCACAUCCAAAGACUGAUUCAGCAACACCACGAACAACUUGAGUUUCAAAAACAAGAGAUGCAAGAAAUGGCUGCAAUUCAAUCACGGUAUUUGGCGCAUGAAGGCGCAAUGGAGUUAAAAACCAAAUCUGCCAAAACGCAUACCAAGGCAACGCCAGCAGUUCCAGAACCUUUGAAAAUUAAAAUACAUCUAAAACCGAGCCAUUCAAAUGAACCUGUUUAUUGUCAUUGUCGUGAUGUAUCCCACGGCCAAAUGAUCGCUUGCGAUAAUCGAAGAUGCCCGACAGAAUGGUUCCAUUAUUCAUGUGUUGGACUUAAUCAUGCACCGAAGGGCAAAUGGUAUUGCAGCGAACGAUGUCAUCGUCAGGCUACGAAGAAAAGACUCAGGAAUGCUUAA